AUGACCGAUCGCCUCUGUCGCUGCGGCUGUGGUACCCACGCCGCAAGCUCGAGCCGUUCUCAGCCACCAAGCCGCUCUCUCAUCCCUCUCGCCACCUCGACCUCAUCAUCGCAACCCAAUACCGCUCGACCCUUGUCAGCCCCUGCUCCGCCCGUCGCCCGUCCUCGUCGGCGCACACUUCCAUCAUCCCCGCAACCACCGCUCCUUUUGGACUCCAGCAAUUCUCGGCAAGAAGCUUCCAUCACCAUGGCUGUCGCCCAAUCAUCGUCACGACGCACAAGGCGCCGACAUGCAUACGCGCACGGCAGCAGUAGCUUCUUGCUGCUUUUGGUCUCGCUGUGUGCUCUAAUUGGUGCAUCCGUCGCCAGCUCUGCACUUCCCUCCAUGACACCUGCACCUGCGCUUUCCACGAUCCAAGCAUUCCACACCCAGCCAAGUCAAGCUGCACCCACGCCCAUCCCAGCAUCGACCACCGCAGACCGAGAUUACCAGCAGCUGGCCGCCGAUGCAUCAACCUCCUCUGCGCCGCCCAAUCACAACGUCGAUGUCCAAGUGGCACAGCCAGUCGAAUGCGACUACAUGAACAUCACCUUUGACCCCAGCAGAGGCACCCCUCCCUACACCGUCAUGAUUAGCAUCGAAGACUACUGGCCUGUCACCGUCAGCCUGCCUGCCACCUACGACGACGCCUCCAAGGACCUAUGGCUCUACCAGUAUCCCGUCCCCUCCUUCACCGGCCCCACCAAGAACCCUUCGCUGAUCGUCACCGUCACAGACGCGUCCGGUCUCAUGGCAAACUCUUCCGCAUUUGUCCAGGUCAACAGCGCCCCCACCGGUGCAACAUGCGCACCCUUCGACUACGCCGGCUCCUUCUUCUUCUAUACCCAGGGAGCCGCCUCCAUGUGCCAAGACUACAGCAUCUUCUGGGACGGCAGCUACGCUCCCCCUGUCACCGCCGUCUUCCUCCCCGAAUUGGCACCGCCAAUCUACGUGCCCGCGCCCAGUCUGACCAGUUCAAACAUGUCCUGGGAGGUAGCCAUGCAGGGUGGCACUCGGUUCGUCAUGACCCUGGGCGAUAGCCGAGCCGUUGGCGGCAGCGGGGGUGUCUCCAAGCUCAACAUCGUUGCCCUCAACGAGUACUACACCGACUCAUGCAUCGCGCAAGCCAACUAUCAGCAUCGUGUCUUUGCUCCCGCCUCGACCGCUCCUCCCGCCUCGGUCUUCCCCGACGCCACAUCGACGCUCGCAUCUCUCACCACGAGUGGCGGCAUCGUCGCCACCGUGACCGUCAUCGAGACCAUCAAGAACGGUCGCACCGUCCACGGCAAAGGAGGCGGCGGACUCUCUUCGGUUGGCUUUCUUGUCGUCAUGAUCGUCGUCUUCGCCACCUUUGGCUUGAUGGGCGUCGCGCUCGGUUGGUUCUGCUACCGCCGUCGUCAGAAGCGAAAGCACAACAUCAAGGCCUGGGACCUGCCAAACUCCGAUCCUUCGGUCCCCUUCAACGCCGACCCCAACAUGCCCAUUGCUCCCGGCGUCUUUGGCCGCUCGGUCACUCGACAGGCCAGCACCAACACCCGCAACGCUGCAGAUCGAGCCAGCCUGUCCGGAGUGAGCAAUUACGAUCCGGUCUCCCUGUCGUCGCGGCCUCUCGGGCACGCGCCCUCGACACGUGCGUCGUUGCGAAGUUGGACAUCGAGCGCCUUUGAUCAUUUCCAUAUCGCCACAGGAGCACAGCAGACUGGCGCUCAUCAGCCCGCACACACGGGCGACUAUGCACUCAUGGAUGCGGGAAGUGCUGCCGCCGACGCACAUGUGUCUUCGCGUGGCGGCCAUCAUGCACGAUCGCCGACGUCUGGAACGCUGUCCAACAGCUCACGCGAAGCAUGGUCUCCUACCGAUUCCAUCCCACGCACUUUUGGCUUCUACUCGGACGACCCACAGACGCCGAGCUAUCUACAAAGCCGGACCGGCAGUCCGCCGUCGGUCUCGCGUUCCACGAGCGCGGAUGGAGCUUCUUCCAAGUCGACGCGCGUCGGUGCUGGGCCCACCUACCGUCCGGACGCCGCAUCGCAAGCUGCCUACCACGACUUGCUGGCCAGCAACACCACGCGCAUGAACUCGGUGCGCAAUGUCGCUGGCGCACGCACGCAGGGAUGGGCCGAUCUUUCGGGCGAGCAGCGUGAUGGCAGGCUGGUGGGCUCGGACCCGUCGACGCGCAUCGUUCGUCAUUCUGACGCUGGUCUUCUGCUGGACGACAAUGAUAACGGCGACGAGCUGAUCAACCUGCGCGAGGGACGGGUGAUGGAGCUUCCACCUCAGUACGACACCAUUCAUCCCUCGACGGGAUCGCAUCAGCGACCGCUGUACGAGCAAGCGGCCCAGUCGUACAGCCAGUCGUAUGGCGGGCAGCAGGGCACGCGAGCGCGACAGCACGUGCGUGCCCUCGACUCGGUCGACAUCUCCGAGGCUGGAAACCGGCCCGCUGAAGUGCAUGCGGCUGAUCUGGUCGACGAGAAUGAUGAUGAGUCGGCGUUCUGGGCCCACUGA